CGAGUACAACAAUCGGUAAACUUCAGAGAUCGAAAGAAUGUCCGGCGACUUCAGGAAGAAAUACGACGAGGCGGAAUGGGCACAAAAAGCAAAAGAACGUGAACAACGCGAAUACGAAGAACGACAAGCCCGUCGUGACGUCAAAGCCGGUGUACGGCGCAGAGAACCUUCACCGCCUGAUGCGCGGCGCAUCGAAGCACGACGAGAACGGCUGAAUAUUGAGGAAAAUGUGAAUAAGACGACACUAGUACCGGCGGGUGUUGGGAUGGGAAGACGGGGGAAGGGAGCGGGGUUUUACUGUGAUGUCUGUGAUGAGACCUACAAGGACUCGCUCAGUUGGGUGGAUCACUUGAACAGCGUACAACAUCUCCGAAAAAGCGGACAAUCUCUGAACCAAACCCGAGCAACCCUCGAAGAGGUCCGCGCCCGCCUCGCCUGGCUGCGGCAAAAGAAACACGACGCACUCCGCGCAUCGGGACAGCCGAUCAACUUGACCUCGCGAUUAGCUGAACGACAGAGAAUAGAAGCUGAAGAACGGAGAGUGAAGCGGGAGAAGAAGAGGCAGAAAGAGAGGGAGGCGAAGGAGAAGCGGGAGAAGGAGGAGGCGGAGAAGAAGGGUGGAGGGGCCAUGGAUGUUGAUGAUCAGGAAGCGAUGAUGAGGGCGAUGGGGUUUGGGGGG